GGGCAUCCGAUAAACACACACACACACACACAGAGGGAAAGAGAGAGAGGGAGUCACACACUUGAGCAGAGGAGAGGGUCAAGACAGUCCAAACCGAGCGCUUCACUUCAUUACGCACAGAGAAAUCACGCAGAACACAAUCCACGCCCGCAAUACCGAGCACACAUCAAGAGCUGUGAAGGGACGGGAUUUAAGGAAUUGCGCGUCACGUUGGAGAAUCGAUCGGGUCUAAAGUGAGUUUUUGUGGAUUUGAUGCGUCUGGAGAGCUGUGAGGAUGCGCGUCUCGGUCCUGCUGCUGCUCUGCGCUCUUUACGCAGGAGACGCGCACAAACCCUCCGCGCUUACGUUUCUGCGUGUGGAGCAAGAUAAAGAAUGCAAUAUGGAUUGUUCCGGAGCUCCUCGCAAGCCUCUGUGUGCAUCAGACGGACGGACCUUCAGUUCCCGCUGCGAGUUUCUCCGUGCAAAGUGCCGUGACCCUCAGCUGGAAGUCAUACGAGGGUCAUGCAAAGAUACGUCCAGGUGUGUAGCAGAGAAGAAAUACACAGAACAGCAAGCCAAGAAACUCUUCCCACAGGUGUUCGUUCCUGUCUGCAAUCCUGACGGAACCUACAGCGAGGUUCAGUGCCACAGCUACACUGGUUAUUGCUGGUGUGUGACACCCAGUGGCAGACCCAUCAGCGGCUCAGCAGUAGCCAAUAAGAAACCUCAAUGCCAAGGGUCCAAGAACGGUAAAGUGAAUCCGAAGGAACCAGGAAAAUCAGUUUCCUUGCAAAUCUUCUCCAUUCUAAAUGCAGAUCCGCCAACGUUUUUCGUAGUGGAAACCCAGCCGUCCGCUGAUGAGGAAGACAUCAUCUCUCAGUACCCCACACUCUGGACAGAACAGGUCCGCAGCCGACAAAACAGGACAAGAACACAAUCGACCUCGUGUGAUCAGGAGCAGCUGUCAGCACAGGAAGAAGCACGACAACAUAAAAACGAAGCGGUUUUUGUGCCGGAAUGUGUUCACGGUGGCCUCUACAAACCCGUUCAGUGCCAUCCCUCCACCGGGUACUGCUGGUGUGUCCUGGUGGACACUGGACGACCCAUACCUGGAACAUCCACAAGAUUCGAACAGCCAAAAUGUGAUGGAAACGCCAGAGCCCAUCCAAACAAACCAAAGGACCAUUACAGGAGCAGACACCUGCAGGGAUGUCCUGGGGAGAAGAAGACAGAAUUCCUGACCAGCGUGUUGGACGCGUUGUCCACAGACAUGGUCCAUGCAGUAACUGACCCGGCCUCUGCCGGCAGGAUGCUGGAGCCUGACCCCAGUCAUACUCUGGAAGAGCGAGUUGUGCACUGGUAUUUCAGUCAGCUUGACAAGAAUUCCAGCGGCGACAUCGGAAAGAAAGAAAUCAAACCGUUCAAGCGCUUACUGCGCAAGAAAUCCAAACCCAAGAAGUGUGUGAAGAAGUUUGUGGAGUACUGCGACAUCAGCAACGAUAAAGCCCUGUCUCUACAGGAACUGAUGGGCUGUCUGGGUGUCACUAAGGAAGAGGGGGCAAAAACAGGUGAAGGCACAACAUCUAGUAAACUGAACCUGUCAAAGAAGCAAGGCUGAAGUGGUCGUAGCGAUUGUUCCCGCUCCCGUCCCGCAGAUCCUGCCCCCACCAAAACGACGAUGGAAACCAUAGUCUUUGCACUUUGUACUUUAAAACAAUGUAAAUUCACUUUGUAGAAAAAUAAGGUAUUUAAACAGACUGCUGAAUAUGUGAAUGAUGUAGUUAGCAUUUUUAUGUCCUUACUACAAACAACAAAAAGAAUAAUAAUAAUGUAACACAUACAAUGUAUGUGUCCUUUGUGAGUCUAAAAUAAGUAUACUUUUCUAAGUUGUACAAGUUGUAUUACAUAUUGCAUUUGUCAAGACCAGCUUUGUUGUUACGUAUUUUGUUUGUCGUUUCUUUGGCUAAUUUCUGGGUAGCUUGUAAUGCAUCUAAACUGAGUUUUUUUUAGACACCUCGAUUUAGUUUUUAUACCAAAUCCCAACUACUGCCUGAGCUUGGAAUUAUUACUGAUUGUAGUCCUGUACCACACGUGAGAUCAUUUUGUUGAAAGUGC